GAUUUUCAUUUUAUAUAAAAUUGAUAAAGGACAUUCAUUCAACGUCAACCGACUUUAAUUUUGUUUUGAGACAUCUUAAUUUGUGUCAAAAGAAGAUAAAUGUCCUACUCUUUGAUUGCAAAUUGAUUUAUUAAAAUUUUGUUUUGAAAAUGACAGAUAAGUCGAGCGAUAAUCAGGGAAAGUCUUGUACUAGUGUGGCAUCUUGCUCGAACAGAGCUUCUAAUAAAAGCUUAUUGGUUAAUUUUACACAAAGGGGAAAUCCUUUAUUAAAAGCAGUAACAAAUGUAUCUUGGGAAUAUGGAGAAACUGAUGCUGACUAUGAAAUGGGCACCAAUAUGUGCGCUCUAUUUUUAUCAUUACGAUACCAUAGUUUGAAUCCAGAUUACAUUCAUAAUAGAUUGAAAAAGUUAGGAAAUAAAUAUGAAUUGAGAGUACUACUAGUUCUGGUGGAUGUAAAUGAUCCUCACCAUCACAUUAAAAAUCUCACGAGAAUAUGUAUUCUUGCAGAUCUGACGCUUGUAUUAGCUUGGAGUUCAGAAGAGGCUGGUAAAAUUCUAGAAACUUAUAAAAUAUAUGAAAAUAAGCCCGCAGAUAACCUAAUGGAGCGAAGUGAAUCUUCACCCUACUUAGUUUUGGUCCAAGCUCUUUCGUCUAUUAAACCAGUAAAUAAAACUGAUGCAAUGACGCUUCUAACAAAAUUCAAAACAUUAGAGGGUAUUCUGAAUGCUACAGAAUUCCAAUUAUCUGAAUGCCCGGGUUUUGGAACCAAAAAAGCUAAGAAAUUAUAUGCUACUUUACAUGAACAAUUUUGUAGAUGAAACCCAAAGAAUUUUUAUCUGUCUAUUAGUCUAUUUUAAUACAAUGUUAUACAAUAUUAAUUGGUAAAUAUAAGGUAAAUUUGAUAAUUCACAUUUAUGGGUUUUAUUGAAUUCUGUGGUCAUGACAUGUCCUAACCUGCAAAAUACGAAACUGGUUUUUGUUAUUGGAAGGAAGAUCUAUAGAUAUUAAAAAAAUUGCUUCUUUGAACCUAAAAUGUCAUUAUUGAGUCAGACAUUUAAAAUCCUUAAUAGAAUUCGGCCAUAUAAAUCUCAUCGUUUGUUUACUUUAUAUCAGAAGUUAUUUUUUAAAAAAGAAUUAUCAGUUCCCACAUUUUGUAAUAUAAAAAUAGAUACUCGAUACAGUCUUAAUAUAGUACCAUUAGAUGUGCACAAAUAUAAAAAUUGUGAUAAAGUAUUUGUGAUACACAACAAUUCCAAUGAAAAUGAAGUUGAAGAACCAUUAGUAAUUGUUCAAAAAGGUGACAACAUUCAUAUAAAAGAUUCCUCUUCAGAAAGUCAAUUACUGAAUGAUUUGAGUUAUACAAUUAUAGCUCCUAUGAAGGCAAAUUUGAUUGUGAAUUCUGAGCUUGGAGAUAUUAAGAUAAACAAUUUCAAUGGUGAUAAAAUCCUUGCAAAAAGUGUCAGUGGCAGUAUUACAGUAAAUGGGUUUCAAGGAAGAGAAAUCAAUAUAAACACUGAAAAUGGGGAUGUUAAAUUAGAAGGAAUUGUGCAGUCCUCAAUAUUGAAUGUUUUCAUAUCAGAUAAAGGGUCGAUAUUCAUCAAUAAAUUACUAGGAGAAAAUGCAUGCAUUACAACCAAACUUGGAAAUAUAAAUGUUAACAGUUCAUAUUGUAAAACAAGCAAGUUUACAGUUGGACAAGGUGAUAUGCAUUUGAAGAAUAUCCAUAAACACUGUGAAGUUAUCAAUGAAAAAUUAGGAAAUAUUAAAAUGACUAGCUUUGAUGGCCAGUUAAUUUUAUUUCAAGAAAGUGGAAAUGCAGAUAUUAAUCUGUCACGAGUAACUGAAAAUUCCAGUAUUAAUAUAUCCAGUGGGUAUCUUUUAUUACGUUUAUCAGAGGAAUGUCAAGAAAAGACUAACUUCCAUAUUGAGAGUCAAAGUAUUAACAUUCAUGAAAAUGUUAAUGUAAAACAAAUUCAAGCAUUCGAUCCAAACACUUUAUUGGAUACAGAAAAAGGUAGUACUGUCAGGUUGCACUGUAGCAACUGUUCAGUGGAUAUAGAAGCAGCGUCUUGGUUUGAUAUGAAUUAUCCUCAAGAGACAAAUAAUUGAAGUAUGAUAAUUGAUUAAUAAAUUUAAAUUAUCUCUC